UCUAUUGAUUUUGGAGCGUGCCUGUGAGGAUUCGUGUUCAUUCAGCCACUGGAGCAUUAGGUGUUGGGUGAGGAGGCCUGGCGUGCAGUCAGCGUUUCAGUUCAGCCCAAAGAUGUUCAGUGGGGGGAGUUAAGGUCAGGAUUUUACUCAGGACACUCAAGUUCUUCCAAUCCAACCUUGGCAAACCACGUCAUCAUGGAUUUUUUUUUUUUUGUGUACAGUUGUAUUGUCAUUCUGGAGCCGGUUUGGGCCUCUUAGUUCCAGUGAAGGGAAAUUGUAAAGCUACGUCAUACAAAGACAUUUUAGACAGUUGUGUACUUAAAACUUUGUGGAAAGAGUUUGGGGAAGAAGGUCAGGUGUCCACAUACAUUUGGUCAUGUAGUGUAGCAGUAUCCUGAGCUGUGGUAAAAGGUUAGGUAUUUGUAUGACGAGUAUCUCGCUCUACGGAUCUUCCUGAUUCAUCCUGAGACUCUACAUCUGUGCAUUUCCCAGGUCUCAAUAUUUCUCAGUGGAUCUAACCUGCUUAGAGUAGAUUUGUAGCUAAGAACUGUUGCUGUAAUCCUAAAGACAGUCCUGUGCUCAUCCCGGGACUCUUAUUCACAAUCUGCUCAUCCUUUUAACACACUCUGUUCUGCUAGACAUUACACUGUACAGUUACAGAUGACUAAUGAUUUAUAAUUCCACUAUCGGACGUCACCCAGAAGAGGAUGGGUUUCAUUUUGAGUAUGGUUUCUCUCAAGGUUUCUUCCUCAUGUUGUCUCAGUGUCCUGAAGGAGGACCUGAAGCCGUUCAGCAACGGCAUCACGAAGGAGCUCAUGAUGGACACUGUGCAGCGUGGUGUGGGCACACAUUACCAGAUCAUCAAACAUAAACUAUACAGAGAACCGGAAUGCAUGUUUCCAGCAAGGUGCAGUGGAGUCGAGCAUUUUAUCCUUAACGUGAUUGACAGGUUGCCUAAUAUGGAGAUGAUAAUCAACGUGCGCGACUAUCCUCAGGUGCCUUCAUGGAUUCAGCCCGUACUCCCUGUUCUCUCCUUUAGCAAGACGCCAGAUUAUCGGGACAUCAUGUAUCCUGCCUGGACGUUUUGGGAAGGAGGACCUGCAGUUUGGCCCAUUUACCCCACUGGACUGGGUCGCUGGGAUCUGAUGAGAAAAGAUCUGAAAAAAUCAGCAGAUCAGUGGCCAUGGAAAAAGAAAAACCCCAAAGGUUUCUUCAGAGGCUCCAGGACCAGUCCAGAGAGAGACCCAUUAAUUCUGCUCUCCAGAGAGGAUCAGAGCCUGGUGGAUGCUGAGUACACUAAGAAUCAGGCGUGGAAAUCUGAAAAGGACACUCUGGGUAGACCCCCAGCCACGGAAAUUCCCCUGGUUGACCACUGUGAAUACAAGUACCUCUUUAAUUUCCGAGGCGUAGCGGCCAGCUUUCGCCUCAAGCACCUGUUUCUAUGUGGCUCGCUGGUCUUCCAUGUCGGAGAGGAGUGGCUGGAGUUUUUCUAUCCUCAACUCAAGCCUUGGGUUCACUACAUCCCGGUGAAACAGGACCUCUCUGACCUCAGGGAGCUGCUGCAAUUUGUCAAGGAAAACGACAAAGCUGCAGAGGCCAUUGCGCUAAGGGGCCAGAAGUUUAUCGAGGAUUACCUCCGUAUGGAGGACGUGUCCUGCUACUGGGAGACGCUCCUCACCGAGUACAGCAAGUUGCUCGAGUACAAACCCAAACGCAAAUCCAGUUACAACCAGAUCACCCGCAAACCCGACAGGUCUGAACUUUGACCUGCAGACGCACAUGAAUGUCCAGUGUCCAGGAAACGAGUUCCUUGUAGUUUCUCCUCGACUUUGGCACUUGUUUCAAAACAGACCUGGCAUGUAGAAAGGUGUGUGUGUUGGUGAGUGGGGGGAGGGGGUAAUGACUAGAAAUCUGGCUUAAUUGUCCAACAUGAGGAUGUAGAUUAGAUAAUCAUUUCCGUGGUUUCAGGGUUGAACAUUCAAACCUCUCUCAGUGCUUUACUAACGGCAGCUCUAAUUAUUCUGUACACCUGCAACUUUAACAUGCUCCGUAGUGCUCUUUCUCUCCAUGAUGUCUCAUCCUGCUUUGUCGAUACGAUUCAUUUUAUCGGUGGAGCUUAAAAUUCCUUUCGGACAGGUAUCGUUUCCGCCACGUUCCCGGUGUUACGUUUUAAAACACGGUGCCUAUGUUUUCCAGCACUAACACACGCUGAACUAUGAACGAUAUUAUUAGUACAGGUUGGAAAAGAUUUCUAAACACCAUCAACAGCACCUUCAAAAUGUAAAAUAACGUGAAAUAACCCAGGGUAUAGUUGAUAAAAUUCUAUUUUUACUGCAGACACUUGACUAAAAUGUCAAGACCAAGACCAAAUAUCAAGACCAAAUUUCAGCAAAGUUCAUUUAGGGUUAAUUUAGUAAAGCAGUCAAAACAAAUUAGAGAACAGUGCAUUAUUUUUUUUUAAAAUCCAGCCAUAAUAAUGGUUCAUUUUUAAGUACGGUCACGUCACUUCAAUUGGCAUGCCAGUCCUUCCGAAUUGUCGUGUAAUAUUCAUUUUGGACGUGAAGUAAAUUCUCAUGUCUUGUCCCAUUCCAUGCCCACUGACCUAAAUAUCUUGUUUAAAAAUUCUCUUAUUCAGAUUAUUAUCACUCCAAUCACAUUUUUCUUUUUCCUUCUCUCUGAAGACAGAUUUAGGAAGCAGUGCAUACUGCCCUCUUCUGGGUGAUGAGUAAAAAAACACAAACACAGUUCAUGAGCAGGUGUAGUUGUGUUAGGGCAGGAAUAUUAUCAAACCGGUCUUAAAACCUUGAUCUUAACCAUCACACCUUGUUGUAUGUGUCCAUGUUACCACCAGCAAAUUGAUCUCACAUGGGUAGUAGUAUAAGUGCCACAAGUAUCAGUGACUCACUUGGGACCUAUAAGUAAAUAUAUUAUCUGCAAUCAACAUGAAAGUGCCACUAUUAUGUGAAUGUGAACAUUCUUUUGCCAUUCAUGACAUCCUGAAAAGCAUAUUUACAUUCUUUCAUUUCGAUGGUAUGAUAUAGAGCCACAUUGGCACUACAGUGUUGAAUAUGUUCUAGUAUUCUCCAAGUACAUCAGCAAUAUGUGUUCGUCAAGUAGGUUUACGUUGUGCUCCGUUUGGUUCUAUCGCCAACUGACUGUAAAUGAUGAAAUGAAACAGGAUACGCAGUUACCCCAUAAUGUGUGUGGAGUUUUAUUUGGAGGUUGUUGUUUUUUUUACAGUCAAAUGUUUUACAUUGUGUGUUCAUCCAUUUGAGGCCAAAUAAAUGAUAUUUCUCAAGAGUUGUGUUUAUUCUUUCAAAGAAGUAAAACACUGAUAAAAUUUUACUUCUUUGCAUAGUUGUACAACAAGUAUUGCAAAAUGUUUUUAACACUGAAUUAACUUUCACUUUGAUGUUUUUUGUUGCUAGAGUUCUUAAAAGUUGCCUUAAAAAUUCAUACAGGCCUUUUUAAGUUAAGAAGAAAUCUGUUAAUGAAAUAUAUCUAACAGAUUUUUUUUUUGUUUUUUGUUUUUUUAAAAAACCUCUAAUUUCACUUCGAUCACAUAUGGGAAAUUGUAAAAUUAUGAUUACGAAAUGCCUUUAAUGCCAGACAUAGGGAUACAGUUAUGAAUGACUAUAUCCUUCUUUUUUUGUACUACUAUAUUGUUUUCUACAGGGGUGCUGAUUUCUUCUGUUUUUCUGUAGAUAAUACUAAAUUGUUUCAGAAAUUAAAACAAAAUCUAAGCUAAAGGCAACCUGAAUAAACACAAAAUACAGUUUUUUAAAUGAUAAUGUUAUUUAUUGAAGCAAAAAAUUUAUCCAAUACCAACUGGGCCUGUGUGAAAAUGUAUUUGCCCC